UUCUUCUGAAAAGGAACCAAAGGGUCUGCCGGUUCGGUCUCAUCUCUCUCCUCUCUCACGAACAGAAAAAAAUUCGGUUUCGGUUUAGGUUUCCGAUCAAAUCACGAACGUUUGGAAAAUCGUCUUUGAUUCGCCGGAGACUAGGACAAGGAGACCACCGGGUUUGUUUUUCCGGCGAAACAACGUCGUUUUUCGAUCUGUUUUGUCGGUGAGGAAAAAAAGGUGAUGACGUGGAAGUUUCGACGGUGUCAAUUAGAUUUAACAAUUUGAGAACGCUCGUUGUGCGGGAGGGAUGGACCGAGGGCAAGAUCGUCUUUUUACUUGAGUAUCCAACGGAAUAUGACCUGUCAUUACAGAUUACGUUUUUAACCUUGUUGCCGUCGAAGUGGAGGGGCAGUCGGGGGGAUACUUUCGUCAUCUGGAGGAUUCUGCUGGGAAUCUUUUUUUUCCUUUACUAGAGCGAAUCUAGGAACAUCCUGGAUAGAAUCAAUGGAUUCGUCUUGUUUGAAUAAUUUCGUAUACUGACUGAGAUUCGAUUAUGUAUCGGAGAUAAACGGUAAUGGGUUCUGAGCAAAACGACAGCACCAGCUUCCGUCCCGCGGAGCCGAAGCUCUGCGUCAAUGGCUGUGGAUUCUUCGGAACGGCGGCGAACAUGAACCUUUGCUCCAAAUGUUACCGCGACCUCCGCGUGGAGGAGGAGCAAACCGCCUCGGCGAAAGCCGCGGUGGAGAAAUCUCUGAACCCUAAUCUGGAAGCCCAACCGCAACAGGGCGAUGAAACCACCGUCGGAGCCGAAUCCGUCGUCGGGUCGUCGUCGGUGGGGUCCAGUUCCACGAGCGGCGGAGACGGGGCGGCGGCUCCUCCUGAGCCGCGGCGUCCGGUUCCGACAAAGUGUUUCAGCUGCAGCAAGAAGGUGGGUUUGACAGGAUUCAAGUGUAAGUGUGGGAGCAUGUUUUGUGGUGUUCAUAGGUACCCGGAGAUACACGACUGCCAGUUCGAUUUCAAAGAAGCCGGAAGGGAUGCCAUUGCGAAGGCGAAUCCCGUCGUUAAGGCAGAAAAAGUGGAUAAGAUCUGAGGAGAGAUGGAAUGGAAUCAAGUCUGUCUGGUAACCAUGAUGUUCUGGAAUUUCACUUGUGUUGUGUUUGGUUCUGUACGCUUUGAUGUGACCCUGCUUUAGCAUUUCGGAUAGGGUUUUAAGGUUUAGGGUUUGUAGGGAAUGUUAGAAUCGGCUGUUUGUUGCUAUGCGGUCUCGAUCAUUUGAUUAUAUGACUUGGGUUGGUGUCUGAAAUGGUGGAUAUUGUUUUGUGAUAAGAAGUUGCUGUUUUUCCUGUUCAUGCUGAA